AUGUCGUCGAGACGCAGGAAUGGACCUCGUUGCUCUAGCGAUGGCUGCGGUUCUCGUCGAUUUGAUAUCGGUGAAGAUGGAUACACUUACUGUGAAAACGGACAUCAACAAUCCGAGCUCGGGACCGUGAUCACUGUGGAUACUGGAGAGCUCAUAGUGCCAGGUCAAACAUCGCGAAGGCAACGAUCCGAUGCAGACUCGACUUUCGACGGCACAGGGCAUCAAAGCGUUCGAGCAUACGAGCAGUACUUGCUGUGUUUCCAGCUCAUACUUCGAAAGCAGGUGCAAUGGCUGAUUGACGUACAAGGAUUACCCUCAGAGAUCGAAACCUUGGUCAAGGAUCUGUGGUCAUUGCGUCUACAAGAACUACACUCUUUAGUGUCACAUGAUGCCGGCACAGAUACAGAGAUCCAAUCAUCGCAUAAGUUCAGCUCACAAUCUGAGGGCGAUUCCGGAACCGAUACGGCAUCGCAUAGAGGCCAGGGUAGGCAUCGCACAAACGUCAGAGGUCCAAAUCUGCUCGAAUUGCUUGCCAUCAAUUACAUCGCCAUGCUUUUGCUCCGGGCUCCGGUGACCGUCGCGGACUUCAUCAAGUGGACCAACUCAGGACAACUCCUGUACUACCAAGCUUCUAAGCAGGUGCCGCUCACGAUGCGAAAUGGAUUGUCGGGCGCGCACCAAGCAAACUUCGAUCCACAGGAGCUCAUUUCUUGCAAGCAGUUCCACGCUCGCAUUCUCAGCUUGGUCAAGCAUUUCAACACACGAUUCGGAAUGGAAGUCCCGGCCAUAAAUCAUGUAAGGAUCUUAUAUGGAUGGGUGAAGCAAUUGGCUUUUCCACUUGAGGUGUAUGUUGCCACGCAACGACUUAGUCGUCUCAAUGGCUUGCACUUUGACUAUGCAAUCCCUGUCAUAUCCAAGGGGAAAGCACUGUCCUAUCCGGAAGUUCGACUGGCAGUACUCAUGAUCAUCGUUAUUAAAUUGAUUUUUCCCCUGGACACAACGCAGCGAUUUAUCGACUCUCGCAAUGCACUCUCUGCGCUCCACCUGGAUUGGAAUGUAUGGGAGAAAAACUUUCGACUUGAGCAAGAGCAAGAAGACUUUAGCGACCGUCGACCUAGUUUCGAGAGAUCAUACAACAUGACAGAAGACCAAAGCAAGGCGCUAAGUGGACAAGCCUUGGACGAUUAUUUGAAUUGGUGUGAAACCGAAUUGGCUUCUCAAGAUAUCCGUCGGCGGCGGCAUAAUGGCGAUGAUACGCCGUUUCGCAGGGCACUGUUCGACAUGUUCCCGCAAGAUGCUAGCACCCGGCGUGAAGAGUAUGUCCAUCGCAGCUAUAAAGCGUCCGUCAAAGACGGUCAACGCCGGAUUGAGCAAAUCCAGGCCUCUCUCAGGCCAGAGCAGCUGGCGUCCGAAAACGAGGACGGGAAUACCGCUCGUUUCGGUACCUUAUAUUGCCAGCACAAAACAGCGAGCGAGCUGGAAGGGCCUUCGUCGACGCUGUACACGCGAGUGGCUGAACUAGCAAGCUACCCUGUGCCAGAACUGGCGAAAGCCGUCUUCCAGAUGGAAUCGAGGCUGGGAGAACUCAACGUUGAUUGCCGCAAACGGUGAGUCUGUCAAACAGUGGCCGCAGUCUUCUUGGAAGGGCUUGAACGUGGACGGCGCUCACCUGUCAGCUGAGUCGCGCCUUUCCGUGUUCGGAAAAGCUCGGCACCGGAAGCUGCCGAGCUGUUCUACAAAUUGUUUGGUCUUGAGAUCAUGCCCCAUGCAAUCAAGCCGUUGGAUUCCAUGGUUCGUUCGGACGCUAGAGCCGGACACGCCAUCCCGUGAACUAUUGGAGAUAAUCAA